GGAGCCACGAGGCCAUGAAGGGUAAUAUUAUGGUGGGAGGCGAGGCGGCCGCCGCGUACCUUCACUCCCUAAAUAUCUCUGCUGCUGCUGCUGCUGAUUUUAUUUUUAUGUCUGACCUUCAUUAUUGUACCAAGUUGGUCCAACGAUCCUUCAAGGUGAAUCAAGAUGUCUUCGAUUAGUGAUACUUCAACUUGGUUAAAGUUCUUCACUGAGGCAGGAAUCCCAGCAGGAGAAGCAACCAAUUAUGCCAUCACCUUUACAGACAAUCGUAUAAAGCAAGACAUGCUCAUGGAUCUCAAUAGGGAAUAUUUGAGAGAUAUGGGCAUCACUGUAAUGGGGGAUGUUAUAGCAAUACUGAAACAUGCCAAAGUUUUUACGGGUCAAUUAUCUCGUCAAAGGGUCUUGCAGGCUUCUUCACCACAAACUUCUCAGUAUGACACAGCUGCAUCACAUUCAUCUACUAAAAAAAGUACACCUGCAUCUAGAAUGUUAGAACACUAUGUUCGGAAAGAAGGGCCUCCUUCUCCACCUAAUGGUAACUCCAAUCUCUCUCAGAGCUUGUCAGCACGACUGGGUAGUGGCAUUAAAAGGUCAGUUGAAGAUGAAGAUUCAUCCGGUUCCAACAAAAGAAGUUCUGUAUUCAAUCGUUUAGGUGAUAACUCUGUGACAAGCACUACUAGUGAAACUCCCAAGAUUACAAUCACUAUGCAUGGGAAGGAUUUAAUUCGUACAGCUGCUGGUGCUGAAAGUAGUAAAAAAACAUCACCAUCAGUUUUUGGGCGAUUAGGUAACAAAGAUGACAACACAAAUGGAGGAGGUGCUUCUGAACGGGAACCUUGUACUGGAAAGCCACUGGAGUAUCAAGGAAUCCUGAAGUAUUCAGCCAAAGACAGUUAUGAUAAACCUAGUUUUGCCAGGAAAAAAGUUGUACCCAAUCCAGGAGGGACUAAAGUUGCAACUAUGACUGCAGAUACAACAACAGGUAUUAAAAGCAGAUUAGGGCUCCAGAGUAUCACAUCAAACAGUUCCUGUACAAGUGCCGGAAUAUUUGCAAGAGAGACAGAGGAGGCUCGUAAAUCAAAAUCACCAGCCAAACCUACUAUAUCAAGUAGUAUCUCUUCCAGUCGCUUGAAAGUUAAUUCAUCACCAGUAAAGUCAAAAAAAUCCUUGUCACCAGGAAGAACUGUUGUAUCAGCAGCUGCAACAUCGUCUAGUCCUUCUCCAGGCAAAAAAUAUGUUAAGAAGAUAGUCAAAGUAAACAAAAAAACAGGUGAAAUUGUGAGUGAAGAAAAGAUUGUAUUAAAAACAGAUGUUUUCAGCAGACUUGGUAAUUAAUGUGGAACUGUAGCUUUCCAUGUUGUGAUAAGGAAAGUUAAAAGCAAGUGUGUAUAUAGUAAUAAAAAUUUGUGCAUUAAUAUUGCUUUAAUCACUGCCACUCAUAUCAGUACAGUGUAUGGAACUGGAAGAAAGGUUGAAUAUACAGUUCAGAAUAAAUUUAUGUUGUUUGCAAAACAUUAUACGUUGCCAGUGAAUCAUGUUGCUAGCAGUCAUUAAUUUAAUUCUCGGUGGCUUUGGUCAUGCCACUAAUGGCCAUACUGCAGCAAACAUAAAACUGCAAAUAUUCUUUCACAAACCCUAUUAUAAUUAAGAAAAUUAUUUGGAUAUACUGUAGUACAUAUUUGGUAUACUGGAUUUCUUUAUAUGUGGUUCAUUCUAUUUAAGUUUUUAUAUUGCUCUUGGUUGUAAGUAAUUUAGUAAAUGCAUAUACCUUAUAAAAUGUUAUUUUAGGUGUUAUUCUUAAGAAUCAUAUGCUUUCAAUAUCUUGAAAAGUAUAAGUUUACUUUUUACAAGCUAAAACUAAACUGGAAAACUGUUUAAAAGUGGUAUCUAAUAGACUAUAUUGUAUACACUAACUGUUUGAGAAUGUCACCUAUAAUUGAAUACAAAAACCACUUCUUUGAGGAAUUACAGUAUAACCACAAAAUGUAUCUGUUUUGUUUAAGGAAUCUUAAUUAACAAUGCAAUGUGUUAAUUGUUACAUGUCAGAUUUUUUUUUAACUAGGUUGUAUUGUGCAAGCAGAAUCAAUAGAUUGGCUUAUUUACUAUUUGUGUUUAUUUUAUUAUUAUUGUUAGCAGCAGUAGUACUGUAGCAGUAGUUAUAGUAUAUUCAUACUAUCAGAAGUAUUAGGUAGUAAUACUGUAAGAGGAUCUAAUAAUGCUCCUGUAUUCAGUAUUAUUGUAAUAGGAUCUAAUAGGGUUUAGUAUGUUUGUAAUGUAUUUAGUAUUGUAUAACUAGUACAGGCAGUACAGUAGUUUAUCUGGUAUCAGUAUGUGGUAUUACUGUAAUAUUAGCUUUAACUAGUGUUUAGUAUUACUGUAGCAGAAUUUAGCAGUUGUAGGAUUGUUCAGUAGUGGUUAUAGUACAGUAGAACAUUUGUCAUAGGAUUUAGUACAGUAUUUGCAGUGGCAUUUAGUGAAGUAUUUGUAAUAGUAUCUAGAACAGUAUUUGUAGUGUUUUAUAGCUAUAGUAGUAAGUACUGUAGUUGUAUUUAAAAUUUUUUUAUUUUAGUAGUAAUAUUGAGCAGUUGUAGGAAUAUUUAUCAGCGGAACCUCUGUUUACACAUCUUCCUUGCAUUAUGUGGAUACAGUACAGUAUGUAAUUGAUUAUGGCAGACAGAAGAGAUGUUACCAGCCAAAAUGCAUAUAGAGUAUAACUACUACUGUUGCUAUAGUAGUACCAUAGUAUAUAAAAAAAGAGAGAAAUUAUUUUACAUAAUUAUUUUAAAAGUAGAAAAGAAUCCUUACUCCAUGAGCCACGUGUUGUAUGAGGAGACUUAAAAUGCUUGGAGCAAGGCGCUAGUAAUCCCUUCUCCUAGGAUUUAGUAUAAAUUACUAAAUGUAAAAAAGAUGGAAAACUUGUUUCUUCUUUUUCAGUUCACUCUGCAUGAGUGAGAGACAGCUGGUGUGUUAAAAAAAACUAAAAUAAAAAGUAAAUCCAAUACCAUGCCUGGCGGUGUUGUUGGUACAGUAGGGCCUUGCUUAUCUGCAAUAGUUAGGGCUAAGGGCUUUUUGUACAGAUGUACCUUUGGAUUUGCAGAUUUGCUCAGUAGCAUUGUUGAGCAUGAUUAAUACUGCCAACACAUCCAAGUAUAGUAAAUUGCCCCUAUCAAAAAAUUUGUAGAUCCUUAAGGUUAGAAAAUUGAUAAAUGAUGGUACUAGAGGUUCCACUAUAGUAGUACAGCAUAUUAUUUCAAUUACUGAUGUAAAACUCUUAUUAAACUGCUAGUUGCUUGUGUAUAUGUUCACCUUCAAUCAUUGUAACUGGGUUUCAUAUUCUGCACCUGUUACAUGUUCCAAAUAUGGAAUUAUAGUAUGGUGUAUAUUGCCUAUUAAGUAUACAGUACUUCACUGUAUAGUACAAUUUAGGAAUAUUAUUAAUAUGAAAAUACAAUGGCCCCUAUGACAUAUGAUGUGUGUGUUGUCAAAAUUGCAAUCUUACUUGAUAUUACAGAAAGAUUAUUUAUUCAGAGUUUGUCUUAAUUUUCAAUGCAAGCAAAGGACUUUAUUUAUUUAAAACAAAUUUUUAUAAA